ACAACUGAGCGUCACAUUAAGUAAAGUCGAACAAUUUUGAUUAUUUGCAAAAAAAAAUUGAAUAAUAGUUGGAAGAAGGGAAUCGUUCGUAGAGUAAAUAAAAAGUUGAAAAGUUAAUAAGGGUUGAAGACAAGGAGAUUUUUUCGUACUAAAUAUGGAUUUUCUCGAUUCAAUUCUUAACGCAAUGGAUGCGCCUCCCAACACAGGUGAGCAGCAAAAGCAGCGCGAGUACAUGGAGCGCAUGAAGAACAAACAGCGCGAGGAGCUGGCACGUUUCCGCAGCUAUGUGCAGGAGCGCAUGGGACGCUUUGCCAAGGACGGAAGGACCAGCAUGGAGUUCCAGCCCUUUGACCGAAUUCAUCGAACCAUCAUACAGGAAGCGGCUGAAUAUGGUGGUUUUAUGGCGAUGAGCUUUGGUCGGGGCGAGGAUAUACGACAGUCUGUUGUCUACAAGAAGGAGCAUCCGCCUGACGCUGACGAGCUGUACGCCCGUCGCAAAGGUGAAGGCUGGAACAAGGAGAUAGCCAGGCAGUAUGCGGAGCGACGCAAGGAUCGAUCCAAGCAGGAGCAGGACAAGUGCGAGCAGCAAGUCCCAGCUGCUGCACCAUCUGCCAUUGCAGCCGAUGCACUUCCCCCAGCAACUGCUGCAGCAGCUGCAACUGCUCCAGCUUCAGCUUUAGCUCCAGCAAUGGCUGCCCCAGCUGAACCAUCCAAAUUCUUUGGACACACGCCCAGCACCAGGGAUCACAUCGCAAACUCAAAUCUCGUAAGCAAACCAGUUGUCAGCUAUCGGGCCAAGUAUGCCCAUCUCAUUGCUGAGCCAGCCACCCUGCAAUCGGUACGCGAGACGUCCACCAACCAUAGCUAUGGUUUUGUGCCCAGCCGGUUCAAGAGGGACAACCGUUCCAUUGAGCAGACCUUGGCUGACAUCCAGGCCAGGAAGCGGCUGCGAAUGCAACAGGGGCAGGAGCGGCUACAGCCCCACCAGCAGCUCGUUCAGGGGCAGCGGAAGAUGAAGGAGCCAUCAAUGAAGGACCCGUCGCUGGAGCCGGAGGAACUGAAGCUCGAUCAGCCCGUGCUAGGGGAGCAACAAAAGCUGCUGAAGAAGCGUAAGGUUGAAGAGCCACGGAUACAGGAGCUCGCAUUGAGUGACGUUUCCUCGGACGAGGAGCAGCUCGAGCAGCAAACGCUGGUUAACAGGAAGGUUGACAAAGUUACAGUAGUAAAAGAGUAUGGGUCGAAUGAAGACUAUUCGGAGAAGAGGCAGGAGAUUAAUUAUCCGGAGGAACAGUUUAAGCAGCAGCAUCCAGUGAAGAGGCAGGAGACAAUAGAGGAGCUCGGUUUAAGUACAGGCUCAUCGGAGGAACAGCUUCAGCAGCAAAAACUAACGCAAAUGGUUGAGGAACUACCGAAAGAGCUCGCAUUCGGCAAGGUUGAGAAAGUACCAAGGACAAAACCCUCUAGUAAUUUGGAGAAGCAGCAAAAGCGAAAGAACAAAAAGGUUGACCAGGUGCCAGCAGUAAAAGCGCUCGCGAUGGGUAAGGACUCAUCAAAAGAGCGGACCAAGAAGCAAAAGAAGGUGAAACGAAAGCUUGAGAAUGUUCCAGGAGUGAGCAAUUCGUCGGAGAAGCAUUAUCCAGAUUUGGAAGAGACAAGCAGACUAGCGCUGAGUGAGGACUCGUCGGAGGAGUUGCACAUCGCGCAGGAAAAUCGGGUAAUCAAUUUCCUGGGUCUGAAUCGGGUAAAAGAGAUUGCGCUGAGCGAGGACUCAUCAGAGGAGGAGCAGCAGCUCGAGCCAGAUCUAAAACAAGUAAGGCAGCCCACCGUGAGUAAAGGUCCUUCGGAAGUUCACACAAAACGUAAGAAGCAAAAAGUUAAGGCGCCCGCAUUGAGGGAGAACUCCUCGGAGAUAAUAGAUCCUGGACAGAUAAAUAAGCUCGCGUUAAGUGAAGACUUGUCAAAAAAGCGGCUAAAGCAGCCAAAGCUGGCGAAACGGAAAGUCAAGAGAGUGGCAAGGACAAAAGAGCUGGCGUUAGGUAAGGAAUCUUCGAAGAAGCAUAAGCUGGCAGGCCAGGCAGCGAUAUUGUCAAGGACAAAUGAGCUCGCGCUAAGUGAAAUCUCGUCGGAGGAGGAGCAUCUAGAGGUACAAAAUCUAGUAAAGGGGCAGGAGAUGAAUUAUGCGGCUCUAAGGCAGGAAAAGGAGCUUGUGCUUAGUGAAGAGUCGUCAGAGGAAGAGCAGCAAAAUCUAGUGAAGCAAAUGCCGGACAUAAACUAUCUAGAGCUGAAAAACGGAAAGGAUCUCGUGUUGAGUGAAGACUCGUCAGAAGAGGAGCAACAAGUCGUGCAGCAAAAGCCAUUCAACCGCGAGGUUGGAAGAGUGCCCCGAGAUAAAGAGCUCGCGUGGAGACAGCACUCGGAGGAUGAGCAGAACGAGGCACAAAGGCUAGUGGAGAAUAGACAGGAGGUUGGAGAUUCUCGACAGAUGGGAAAGCUCGCAUCGUGUCGAGAUUCAAGAAAUAUCGAGCCUCAAAAGCUAGUGAAGAAUCGAACAAUAAAGGAGCUUGCGCGGAGCGAGGACUCGUCGGUAGAGGAACAGAUUGGGCCAAAACUGAAGCGGCAGGUCCUCAAACAGGUAGAAGAGCUUGCGCUGAGCGAGGACUCCUCGGAGGAAGAGCAGCUCGGGCGGAAGCUUGCGCUGAGUGAGGGCUCGUCGCGGGAGUCGGAAGAGGAGAUUCUUCAGGUUCAAAACCAAAACAAGUGGAUGAUAGGGCCUGCAGGUGGAAGCGAGCUCGAGUUGAGCGAGGAAUCGUCGCUGGAGUCAGAUUAGGAGCAUAAUGAUCUGGUGGAGUGGGUGGAGAAACGAGAAGCCGGGAAACACCGUGGGACCAAAGAUAUUUGUCCUCUAAAAUAAUAAAACAAAUCGUGAUCUUAAAUGCUUGAAUACUGGAA